AUGUCUGCAAAUUUCUUAUCAUGGGAAGAAUAUUUUAUCGCAACAGCAUUCAUAGCUGCUAAACGUAGUAAAGAUCCAGUAACUCAAGUUGGAGCUGUUAUUGUUGGAAAGGAUAAUAAAAUUGUCGGAAUAGGUUAUAAUGGAAUGCCAAGAGGAUGUAAUGAUGACAAAAUGCCAUGGGGAAAGCAUGAUGAAAAUCCUUUAAAUAAUAAAGAAAUGUAUGUUGUACAUGCUGAAAUGAAUGCUAUCGCAAACAAAAAUUGUGAAUCAUUAGAAGGUUUCACAUUAUAUUGUACAUUAUUUCCUUGCAAUAAUUGUGCGCAAAUGAUAAUACAACAUGGUAUUAAAGAAGUAGUCUACUUUGAAGAUAGACCUCAUAAGGAUUCAAUGAUAGCUUCAAGAAAAAUGCUUACCAUGUGCAAUGUUAAACUUCGUCAAUGGAAAAGAAGUGAUAAACAAUUAUCACUAGAUUUUUCAACUGGAAAAUGUUUGUUAGAAGAAGACGAUUAA